GCAAACGGCGUAGGCGCGAGCGUGCCGGGCGCAGAGUGCGCAGCGCUGAGAGCACGGGCCGGGCAGGUGUGUGAGGGCAGGGCCGGCUCGGUCCCGGCCGCGCUCGGGGCUCCGCGGCGGACACCGGCAGUGCGGCGGCACCACCGCUACAGAGGCCCCGGCCCCGGCUGCGGGCGUGAAUAGCUCCGGCAGCCCCGGCCCCGCCGACUGAGAGGGGCGCGGGGCAGGGCUGAGGGGAGGGUCCAGGGCAGAGGUGCGGCAGGGCCUCGGCGCCUUGGUUUUAUAAGGGGGUUUCAUAUCCCCCUGCCAAAUCCAAAGCGGUGCAGAGUAGGUUCCUAAACUGAGUUGACGAAUAGGGUUUCCAUUUGAGCGGUUGAUCUCCUUGUGGAAUCCUCUGUGCCUGAGGACAAAUCAAGGUACCUUCGUGGGGUGUUUGGGCAGGUUGGGCUGCAGAAGGAGUGUGGUGGUCAAUCAUUUCCAUAUUUCUCUUCUAGAGAUCAAGACUGAAAAAGACAAAUGGGUUUAAGUUAGUUUUCAGUGCCAUGCAAUAGUUCUUCCCAAUCCCAGACAGGUGGCUGUUCUAGAGCAGAUGGGCACUGCAGUGGAGGUGGAGAGAGCUCCCAGAGCUGAUGUUCAUGGCGCUCCAAGGCAGCCCUGAUGAACAGAGCCUUUAGGUAUGAGGAGAGAGAGGAUAGAGUCCAAUGGAUUUUCUUUCUUCUUUGUAUGUGCGUUACAUAGAACAGUUAGAGACUUCAUAAUCCUUCAGCAUUCCAUGUGCUUCGACACUCAAAUGGCCAAUACAGUCGCUUGAGUGCUUCACAAUUUCUGCCAGAUUUUCUAGGUUAAGUGCCUUUUCAAACUCAGCUUCCAGUGUACAAGUGCAUGGCAAUCAUAUUGAAUAUCACUUUUUAUACUUUUCAAAACUGGUUUUAUACAGGCUGUGAAGAUGAAAGACUGCAGAGCUUUAUUCCAAAAUAAUCAGUACACAAUGUGCUGUGUUGAAGCAGCCCCUGAGGGAACUUUGGCCAAAGGCUGUAGGAUCAGGAGAUUUGUGGUGCUGAAGUGAAACAGUAACUUUCAUUCAAAAGGGUGAUUUCAGCAUUAAAGUGGAAGUGGAAUGCAUGUGUGCAGUAAUAACUUUACAUGCAGGGAGAGGUCCACCUUGUUCCAAUUAGACUUACAUUUUGUGUACUCCUUUGCAAGCUUGUGGCUGAAGUGUCACCCUGGUUCUGAACAGUAAGACAUUGCUCUGCCUUUGUAACAGACUUUUAUCUUGUCAUGCUUGAGGAUUGAAAAGAGAAACAAAUAUGAGAAAUCUCAGUUACUGCUUUCAAGUCUUGAAUCGAGAGAUUUCAAAGCGAUGAAUGAAUUUAGCCAAAUCUCCUGUGUGACCUUAAAAUAUUUGUGCGGGCCUUGUAAAGAGGCAGAAGAUAAUAGCUGGAAAUCAAGGACUGGUCCAAGGACUAAACAUGAGAACAGUUUUAUCUGAAAUUGAUUGCAUCAAAUGGAGACACAGCACAAAUACAGCCUGGAGAAAGGCUGCUGGGGGGAUGGUGGGAUGGGAAGGGGCAGCUGUGAAAUGAGUGGCUGUGCAGUGCAGCUGGAAAUGUAGUGAGGAGGGGAAAAUCUGUAAGAGAUGGCACCUCAGGUAGUGAAGUUAUUGCAGAGGUACAAGAAGGAUGUUUUCAGCUGUGGUCUGAGUGAAAUCUUGAAUUUUUCUGUUGAGUUCUCCCUUGGGCUAAUGAUUUACCAAGGGCAAAAACACAGAGGAAAGGGGAUUGAUGGAUUAAUUUGGAAUACAGGAGAUUGGAAGAGCUUUGGUGCUGCAGUACAAGGAUAUACAUUUAACAAGGAAAAGAACAUCUGAGGCUUGGAAAAAAGUUAACAUCUGUCUUUAGGCUUCAUGGAAUAAAAAGGAAGAAAAUUGAAUUUAUAGCUCCAAGUAUUGUCAAUAAAAGAUGGGAAUUGAAUUAUACCAAAAGCAACAUGGAAUUAAGAGUUAGCUUGGUGAAAGUUUAAGUAGUUAACAAUAAUUAUGCUCUUUCUUGGGACAAAAUACUGGCAUAGAAAUAAUGAUUUUUUUAAAGUAUAUAACUACGAUGGAAAUAAUGUGUGUUUCCUACAGAUUUUUUUCACAAAAAUAGUUAAGACACUGUCAUGUGUGCUUGAAUGUUACCUGCACCCCUCAGACAAACGAGGGGCCCUGUGUGAGGAGUUGCUGGUUGGUGCCAGUGAGAAGGCUGGAGUGAAGCAGGCACUGGGGGAUGCAGUGUUGGCCCCAAAUGCUCCACUGAGCACUAAGUGGCCAUUAGCUACAGGACAGGGGAAACCCCUACCUGAGCAAGGAUGGAAUGCAGCCUGUCAAAUUUCAAGUGUUUGGUAUUGUUUACAGACAAAUGGGAAUGCUUGUGUAUUGCCCAAGGGAAGAGGGACUUUUUCUUGUUAUAACUCAGAAAUCUCUAUUUGAGACUUAGCAUUGUCUGGUGACCCAGUUCUUUACGAGUUUUUUGUUAUUAAAUUCUGCCUUUAAACAUGUACUAAAGUUAAUGGGAUUUGUGCAAAGAUAGCUGAGGACAGACUUUGAAUUGUAAAAAAUAAUUUUAUAUGCAUGUAUUUUAAAAACCUUCAUAGGAAAAGCUAUCUUUACAUGGGAAAUUAGUCUCAUAAGAUUGAUAUAGCAGAGAGUUUUAUUUUGAAAAAUCCUUACAAGAUCUAUAUUUAUUUUUAUUUUAAAAUGUAUCUCAGGCAUAGAAGUGAGAGAACUGAGCAGGUAAGUAUCCAGUGUAGAGGAUACUUUAAAACUGAGAAUUUGUGCUGCAAACCAAUAGAUGACACAACUUAUGCUGGCAGUCAUUUGUGUACCUGACUCUCUACCAGGUUUUACACAGUGCUUGCUAGUGUCUGUUGCAAUUCUGAAUGAUUCUCUGACUUUGAGCUAGAGCAAAGGAGAUAAAAUGGUAUUGGAGGAAAAUUAGACACCAGGACAGGAGGAAUCACACCGUGAAAUGUUGCACAGGGCUCCUCAAGUCCCAGAACAGGCUCUGCAGGGUAACAUUUCAGAGAUCUUUUAAGCAAUAGGGAUGAGGAUCAGCUUGAAAAGCAAGCAAAACUGGAACUAAGGAAAUGGGAAAUACUUUUUGGUUAUGACUAAUGCAAUUAUUAGAGCGGCUACUGCAGGCACUGUGGUGGAUUUAGCUUCAAAUAAGAACAGAAGUUAUGCCAUGUGUGAUUGAUUCCAGGUUGGGUUACAAUUUAGAAGUGCAAUUAGUGAGUCAUCUGUUACUUUAUAUCAAUUAUUAAAAACAACAAAGGUCUAGGUUAAAAAAAAAGUGCAUGUCUCAAUAUGUGCUGCUCUAGUUUUUAAUUUUCUGAUUUCACUUUGUUGUUUGAGGUGUCUCAGCUUUGCAGAGUCGUGGUACUGAGUGUUCCUUAAACCAGCACAUGAAUUGCUCUUGAGCGAAGCAGCGCUCACCUGCCAGCCCCCGUGGUGUGGCCCUGUCACACCAUCCCACCCAUACCUGCUUUGGCCAGAGCCACCCUGGGGCAGUGUCUGUGGUGACCUGCAGGCCAGCAGGUCACCACAGGUUUCAGCUUCCUAAAACAUUUGUAAACACAAGUGCUUUAAUUUUAUUUUUUAUAGGUGCUGUUUAGGACAGAGUGCAGUGCAGCUCGGCAUUCCUGACAGCUCAGUUGUUGUGUAGACUGUGCUGCCCUCAGUGCUCUGGUUGUGUUCUCAGCCCAUCUGGCAACUGCUGAAUGUGUAAAACUUUUCUUCUGGUGGCCAUGACAAAACUCAAAACAGUAAACACAGCUUUGAGGGACAGCACCUGGCUCCACGGGAGAAUUGAUCUGACCCAACAGAGCGUUCCUCUUGAAAUAAGAAGGCCUGGAAGCAAAUGAUAUUACCAACCUUCAGUGGGCAUUUAAUUACAGUUUCUAAUUAAGGUGAUGCCCUAUAUGGUCGUGUGAAGUCUCCUGAGCUGUAACAUGGUGUAACAUGACAUAUCAACGUGGAGUGUUGGUACUUCAUCUGAACUUCAACACUUCUGUUGUGAAUGAAAGUGUGCCUGUUGUGCCUAUGGGAAUGCAGCUGGGUGCAGGGCAUCUCUGCUGUGUGGGAAAAGGGGCAGAAAGAAGGUUCUAAGGUCCUGUUGUCACUGAGCCUGUGAGGUUGGCAGUAUUGUAUGCAACAAGUUGGACACUGCAAUUUAAGGGUGUGAAGUUGCAAAGACUGAGCACUGACCUGCAGCUCUGCUCUCUUGGCAUGCCUGGACUGUGUGAACAGACAUCCAAAGCAGGACUGAACUUCAAAGAGCUUCAUGGCUUUCAGUCUUUAUAGUUUGUAAUACACAUUUGAGAUGUGAUUCUGUGAUCACCGAGCCCUCCCAAUGAUUGUGGUUGAUGUGGUUUGCACUUCUGUGUUACUGCACUUGUAGACAUGCUGAACCAAUCUGGAAAUCAGCUGCUUUUUCCAUUUGUGGGUAGGACAUGAUCUGUGUUUAUUUCAUAUCAAUAUGAGAUAAGUGUUUUCAUAUAUAUCAGAGACAAGUAGAUAAAUAUUUGGGGGUAUAUGUAUAUCCUUUCUAGAAAAACAGAGAUACAGUUGUAAGGAUUAUUGUUUUGGGGAAGAGUGUGAUUGGACCAGAUAAAGGAUGACAGGAGUUUGGUGCAGGUCCUUAGAUAUAUUAGGGUGGGUUUUUCCUUUUCCUUUGAAGUUUAAGAUUGAAAACCUGCCAUUGUUCCAAAGCAGAAACAACUUGGGUGGCCUUUUUAUCACUAAUAGGGAGAGCAACUAGGCAGGACUGACUCCACUGAAAAGAGGCUCUGUCAUACAAGAGGUUUUCCAGGUCAAGAUUAAAAGCAAAACAGCUCUCAUCACAUGAGCCUUUGUACUGCACCCAUAUUUUCUAAGUGCUGUUGGCUUAUCUUUAAUGUUUAUGCUGCUAUCAAAAAUAAACCCAGCUUCUGUCUCCCUGGGUGUUGUAUUCAACAUCAACAGUGAAUAGCCUUUUUCAUUCCUAAAUGCUAAUUUCCUUUCUGUUUUCAAUCUGUUUCUGGUACAAAAAUUUUUUGUUCUCAGUGGGUUUGGUUUCUUCCCUCUUUGGUUUUUUAACUGCAUGUUUUCUCCUUCCCAAAUCUGAUUCUGUCUUGGCAAUCAGUAUUUUUUUGGUGGAAGCAGUAGCUGAGUGUCUAUCCAUGACCCUGAAGCCUAGAACUUGAAUCAGAGUUUGUUUGAGUGCAGCUGACAGCACAAUUAUAAUAAUUUAAAGAGAAAAAAAAAACAAAACCUCUACCAAGAUUAAUUUUUCAUUAAUAGAUUGUGGGGUACUCUUAGGAAUAAUUGUAAUUGUCUCACUUUGAACUGUGGUCAGAAAUAUGGUCUAAAAAUCUUGCUAUAAUGAGAACCUUAGUUCUAAUGAAGUAUUGUUAUAACUUCAUCAUACUAGAGCCAGAAUUCAAUGGCAAUUGGAAACUGUUCCCAGGCUGCACCCUUGGGAUAAAACACUGACCUUGCUGAAGCUGAUGAGGGUGUUUCCUGAAGGCACCAGUACCUGAACCCAACACUGAACAUGCCUUAGAUUGUCAGCCUCAUGUUGACUGUUGACCAACACUCUGCCUCAUGUUGGUUCAUCUCCAAGUGGCUGAAGCUCCAGAGCAAACAGAGAAGGUCCAGCAUGCUGAAGCCUGGAGGUGACAGACUGAUGUUGACCAGCACCAAGGCCUCUUUGCAGUCUGCUUUGUCACUGAUGGUGUGCUGUCCCCUCACGCUGCACAAACUAGAAGUAACCUUUCUAUAUUUGAGACUCUUCACUCCAUGUACCCAUGGAGCAGCUACUGAGCAAAUCAGUUUUGUCACAUAAUGUGAUAAUUGGAAAACAGAUCUGCAACAGAUACAAGUCAUAUUCCAGACUUCAGGCAUGUACCUCAAAAUUUCAUCAACUCUGAUAUGCCAAAAUGUUGUCUAAAUGUGGAUAUUCAGUAGCUGGAGAUGUCAGUGAGCAGUGACUAGCAAAUGAGCUGUGCUGAAACACUAAGAAAGAUUUGUGUCAUAGGAGGUAUGGAGACUGCAAUGCUGACUAUCACUUUUGAAGUGUCUCACAUUUCUCUCAAAGGGAAAAUUGAGCCCAGUCUGUAACAAUGGUGGACAGCCCAAAUGUUUGGACAAAUAGUUAUCCUUGUGAUAAGAAUUUAUAGUAAAGGAUCUCCCAGCGUUUUCUUGCCCCAGUGCAAGUCCAAAAUGGUCAUAUUAGGCAUUUGAACAGAAAUGUACCUGGAUUCUGGGGAGAGUAUAUUUUACAUGUACUAUGUUCAGUGUAGCACAUGUCAGUGUGGAAAUGCUUCUUUACACAGAACACUGUCUACACUUGGCUUCCUACCUUAGAGUAGAAGCUUCCUGUCACAUCUUUGAUCUAAGUUUGCUUGCAUUAAGAGUGUGAAGUUGAGCACUGUUGAUGUAUCUUGUAUCCUGGUUAUUCUUUUUGUUUUAAUUAACCUGCCAAAUAGUUUUAAUAUGUGCAUGUGCUAUCCUAUUUGGCUCUCCUGUUACAGGUGCUGUGCAGUUCUGCCUCAUGCUCUGGUGUUCAGCCUAUCAUUUAACUUAAAUAAAUGUAAAGAAUUCUAUUAGAUGCAAGGUUCCACAGCGCUAUAACUUUUUAUUUAUCCUGCUUGUUCUUUGAUGACCUAAAUUAUUUCAGCUCUAAUUACUUAUUUAAGAACUAUUGAUCUCUCAGGUUUUUUUGUGGGAGGACUUAAGGAAUAGUGUGUCUCACAAGCAGCAUUAUAGUUGCCUGCAAAUUAAGGCAAGCAGACAGACUGUAGUAAUGUUGUAGUAACCAGCUUAUUUUAGGUGGCUUAUUUUAGGCUAAGUUUUAUGUGAAAUAUAUGUGUACUCAUUUAAAUGCUAAAGAGAUGGGGUUCCUGCAGUCCUGAGAGCACAGCUGUGUGUCAGGCAGCAGUUGUCUCCUUAGUGGAAAAGCCCCCCAGUUGUGUUCUGAAGGCAUUCAGCACUUGGGGCCCUUUGCUAGAAACCUGGAAGCUCGGGUGCUGGGGCUUUUAACCUUCUCUGUCACUGUGGUUUGUAGUGUGUAACACUAAAAUCUCUAAAUUCUUCUGUGCUUUAGUUCAUCCUGGCUAUGAAAUGGGGGAUAGUGGGGAUUUCCUGAGGGUUUAGGGAGCUUGCUUCAUAAUUGAUGUUUGAAGCCAGCAUGGUGUGUUUGUUGCAGAUAUCAUUAACAAGGUUUUGUUAUCUGCAAAAUUAAAGUAUUUUUAAAUUAUAGGGAAAUGUAAAAAGUGAAAGCCAAAGGAAAAAAGAGAUUCUGCCGUUUCCUUUCGGUUUUGCUGCGUUGUGCAUCUUGCAGUUAGUCCCAGCCUGUGUUAGCACUCCCGCUGGAUAACGAUCUGCCCUCCUCCCAAGGGACAGCGCAACGCAGGCAAAGCUGCUCCUCUCUUCUGUGCUCACUAAUUGAUCUCUGGCUUGGCCACUUCCAGCAAGAAGUCUGAAAGGACUGAGGUGAAAAGGACUGAGAGCUGUUCCUGCAAUUUGAACCUCAUACUCUGAAAAUGACAGUGGCUGUUCCUCGUCCCCAUGUGAGAAUGGGGGGAGCUGUAAGGAUUUGGAAGCGGGUUACCAGUGCAGCUGCCCUGUGGAGCCUGUAGCCUACAUGGGCAUAAAUUGUGAACUCCUCUACGAUGCUUGCAUUGAACAUUCCUGUCCUGCCCACAUGACCUGCACAAGGACUCCAGGACUGCUGGAAUAUGAAUGCAUGUGUCCAGCUGGCUCUGCAGGGGCUGGCUGUGCCAGCGUUGAUGAGUGUGAGAGCAGCCCUUGCACAGACCCUCGGUUUGAAUGUGUAGAUAGCCCGGCCGGAUUCACCUGUAGGUGCCAGCUGGGCCCCGGGGGAGAAGGCUGCCAGGCAGAAAGCUCCGUGUGCUCCGGCCAGCCCUGCCUGAACAACGGCACGUGUGUGGAGGCUCCGGGCGGGUUCCGCUGCCUCUGCCGGCCUGGCUUCAGCGGGGCCACGUGCGGGGACGACAUCGAUGAGUGCGCGUCGGGGCCGUGCAGGAACGGGGCCAUCUGCAGGGACAGGGCGGGCGAGUACAGCUGCUUCUGUGUGCCCGGCUUCCAGGGCUCCAACUGCGAGAUCGACAUCGACGAGUGCGCGUCGCGGCCCUGCCGCAACCACGGCACCUGCCUCAACCACAUGGACCGCUACGAGUGCCGCUGUGCGCCCGGCUACACAGGUGUGAACUGUGAUACUGAAAUAGACGAAUGUGCUUCAGACCCUUGCCAGAAUGGGGCCUUGUGCAAUGACCAUGUUGGGUUCUACACCUGCACCUGUGCACCAGGUUAUCAAGGGGCCCAGUGUGAGGUGGACAUCAAUGAAUGUGAGAGCCAGCCAUGCCAGAGCAACGGGACCUGUCAUGACCUCAUUAACAGUUACCGUUGUGACUGCAGUGACACCGGCUUCGAGGGGGCCCACUGCGAGCUGGACAUCCUGGAGUGUGCCUCUGACCCCUGCCACAACAAUGCCACGUGCCUGGAGGGAAUCAAGGGCUACAGCUGUGCCUGCUGGCCAGGUUACACCGGGCAGGACUGCGAGGAGGACGAGGAUGAGUGUGUGACAGAGCCCUGUCACAACGGUGGCCUGUGCCUGGAGCGCUCCAACCCCGCCCAUUACGGGACACAGCCCCACUUCCCCAGCAACUUCAGCUACAGCCAAGCAGCUGGGUUCCUGUGCCAGUGCCAGCCAGGCUUUACAGGGGAGACCUGCUUUACCAACAUCGACGAGUGCGAGUCCCAGCCCUGCCAGAACGGGGGUCUCUGCCAGGACCUGGUGAAUGGCUUCCUCUGUCAGUGCCUACCUGGUUAUUCAGGUGUGGAAUGUGCUGUUAACAUCAAUGAGUGUGAGGAGGGGCCCUGCAAGAAUGGAGCUGUCUGUGAGGAUGGCAUUGCUGACUAUUCCUGCCACUGUGCCCCUGGCCAGGAUGGCAUCACGUGGGGAGGGAAGAACUGCUCUGUCCAGCUCACCGGGUGCCAGACGCACGACUGCCAAAACGAGGCCUUGUGCAUCCCAACCUACCAAGCUGAGAGCCACGGCCACCUGUGCCAGUGCCAGCCUGGUUUCUAUGAUGCCACCUGCUCGACUCCAACAACGUUUUCCUUUGCUUCCAGAGGGUAUCUCCUCAUUGAGCUGGAGAACAGUGAGAGCAGGAGGGGCGCAGGAGCAGCCAGUGUCUCCCUCCGCUUCCGAACCACUUUGCCCAGCGCUGUCCUUUUUUACCGAGGCCGUGAAGCUGAGUACUUGUUCCUGGAGCUCCUGGAUGGCCUCCUGCAUGCAGAGCUGAGGAGGGAGGAUGUUGGGUACCCGUUGCUCCUCAAGGGGCUGAGAGUGGACGAUGGCCAGUGGCAUAAAGUGGAAGUUGUUGUGCACAGCACGGUGCAGCUGAAGCUCUGGCAUGGCUCUUGUGAGGCCGGGCUCUGCCUGCAGAGCUCUCCUGUCCCACCGGGUGCUGCUUUGAUCCCUCCAGCCUUCCUGAAUCUGUAUAUUGGAGGUGCUGAGGAUCCAAUGGCCAACAACACACGGAGCCAGCAAGGCUUUGUGGGCUGCCUGGAGGACUUGCAGGUGGAUGCUGAGGCCGUGCUGCCGGCGGAUCUGCCGCUGGGGGAGUCGUCCCUGGUGAAGCUGGGCUGUGACCGCACAGAGUGGUGCCUCUCCCAGCCCUGCUUCCAUGGAGGGCUCUGUGUGGACCUUUGGGCCACCUUCAGGUGUGACUGUGCCAGGCCCUAUGGAGGCCCAGCUUGCUCCUAUGAGCACCCAGCAGCAACAUUUGGCCUAGAGAAUUCCACCAGCUUUGCCUCUUUCAGCCUUUCUGACAGCCUCGGUGCAGACUUCAACCUCUCCUUUUUCCUGCGGAGCCGGAAGCCCGAUGGUUUGUUACUGCAGGUCUGCAAUGGGACAGGCCCCUGCCUCACCCUGUACCUGAGGGAUGGCCAGCUGAGCAUAGAGACAUCACCUACGGACACUGUGACCUUUCCAGGGAAUCUGGUUGAUGGGAGAAGACACUUGGUAGCCCUGUCUUUCCAGGAAGGCUCUGUUGGUGCUCUGCAGUCAGACACAUUUGUGGAGCUGGGCCAGCUGCCAGCACAAGCCCUGGGAGCUGGCUCUGAGGUGUUUAUUGGGGGACACCCCAACCCCGACAGUGCUGAGCUGUGGGGGGGCUAUUUCAAGGGCUGUUUGCAGGACAUGCAACUCAACAGCCACCAGGUACAGUUUUUCCAGGUGGAGAAUGACAGUUUGCCAGAGGAACUCAAUAGGACUCAAACUGGAAAUCUUGUGAAUGGCUGCAUCUCUGAUGACACCUGCAAGUCUGAGCCAUGUCAGAAUGGUGGCAGAUGCAUUGUCACUUGGAAUGAUUUCCAUUGCAGCUGUCCAGCAAAUUUCACUGGGAAAUUUUGUGAAGAGAAAGUCUGGUGUGAAAGUGACCCAUGUCCUGAAGCCACCACCUGCAUAGAUGUUGUGGCAGGAUAUGUGUGUCUGGCUAAUGCAACAUUUAAUGGUCAUGCUGCCAUAGAAUUUACCGCCAACACAUCUGUGACCAGAACUCUGAGCAGCCUCCACGUGGACUUCAGAACCAGAGAUGAAGAUGCCGUUUUGCUUCAGGCUGUGGAAGAGGUGGAUUCCCUCCAGGUAGCCAUUAAGAAUUCCUCCCUGCUUGUUGACAUCAGGAGUGGGAACAGCAUCGAGGGUGUCAGCUUCCUGAGCCCGCAGCCUGUUGCAGACGGGGCCUGGCACAGCGUCUCCGUGUCCAUGGAGGAGCCGGCCGCGCUCUCUUCCCGGUGGCUGCUCCGCUUGGACGGCUCAGCGAACGCGACUCUGCAGGGCAGCGCCGGCAACUUGGACUUCCUCAAGAAAGACGCGUUGGUCGUUCUGGCCGAGAAUUUCACCGGCUGCCUGGGCCGGGUGCAGAUCGGGGGGAUCUUCCUGCCCUUCCCGGCCCACCGGCCGUACCCUCAGCCCGAGCAGUUCCAGCGGGCCGGCCCGGGCAGCGUCCGGCUGGGCUGCUCCGGGGCCGACGUGUGCGCCUCCGGCCCCUGCCUCAACGCCGGCACCUGCGAGGAUCUGUUCAACUCCUUCCGCUGCGGCUGCAGCGCGGGCUGGGCGGGGCAGCGCUGCGAGGCCAACAUCGACGACUGCCAGCCCAGCCCCUGCGUCCACGGGGACUGCGUGGAUGCCGUGGCAGAUUUCCAGUGCGAGUGCUUCCGGGGCUUCAUCGGGAAGAGGUGCGACAUCAACGUGGACGACUGCGUGCGGCACCAGUGCCUGAACGGAGCCACCUGCGUCGACGGCGUCUACGGAUACUCCUGCAAAUGCCCCCCUCAGUACUCCGGACCUCGCUGCGAGUGGCCGUUCCCCCCUCAGCAGUGUGGCAAGAACUUCACCUGCCUGAACGGUGGUCGCUGCAUCACGGAGAGCUGGGGAGCCAACUGCUCCUGCAGGCCUGGCUUCACUGGGAGGAACUGUCAAAUCAACAUAAACGAGUGUGAGCCGAACCCGUGCCAGAACGGGGGCACGUGCCAGGACUCUGAGAACAGAUACGAGUGCGUGUGCAGCGCCAGCUACACCGGCGAGCGCUGCGACAUCAACAAAGGGACUCCAGGUGCUCUCUUCCCCUCCCCACUAAUUGAAGUAGCUGUCCCUGUAGCCUGUGGCUCUGUGCUGCUCCUCAGUAUUGGUCUCAUAUUCAUGGUUCUCACGGCAAGGAAGAGGCGCCAGUCCGAGGGGACCUACAGCCCGAGCCAGCAGGAGGUGGCAGGAGCUCGGCUGGAGAUGGACAGUGUCCUAAAAGUGCCACCCGAAGAGCGCCUGAUCUAGGCCCUGCCGUGCCCAGGACCUGCACCUGCAGGGUCUGCCCGGACCUUGGGCUCUCCCAGCCUUGGCAGCGGCAGAUCCACCCCAUCCCAGUUCCCCCAAGGCCUGGGCACGAAGACAAGGACGUCCAGCACGGGCAGCGGGGCCGAGAGCGCCGCCCGAGCCGGGCCCGGCGCUGCUGCGCUCCAGGGGCUCCAAGGGAGCCUCCGCCCUCCCUCCUGCCCUGCCCCGGACCGGCCGGCGCUCAUCUCAGCAGGAGCUCAAGUGGCUCCGGCUCCAGUCCCCUCCCAGGCAGGAGAGGCACAUUAAUUCUACUUUCCGAGGCAGGGUGACCCGAGGCACCUGUGCAGGCUCAGCUCCCCGAGUCCCGCUCAGGAGCUGGGGAAGGUCGUGGCUGGUUUGUAUAUUCUGCUCUGGUUCUGUCAACAGCUGAAAAACAUUCAAACUCUCAGCUCAGGUGUGUGAGGUUUUCAGAGUCCUCAACAGCAACAGCAGCUGUGACCUCCCUGUGACAGCCCUGCGUUACAGGGAAUUGUCAGGAAUGAUCAAAACCCUUGUAAAAAUCA